AUGUCUAUGGAAUUUGAAUCGGAAAUUCCUGAGAAAAUAGCGAAUCUUCAAACUAUUAUUUCACCUAACGAGAUAAUGCAUCAAACCGAUGAAGUACACAGUCUUCAAUCGCACAAAAUUGUAGAACUGGAUGUACAUCAAUUCACACCCGCUGAAAACAAUUCUCAAAAUGCUGAAACAUCAGCACAUUUUUUACAUGCUGUUCCAUUAGUUAAUGAGCAGCAACAAACUCACUUAGAACCACCAGAAACAACAAAUGUACGAUACAAGCCUCAAUUAAGGCUUUGUCGACGUCAUACAAAUCAGAAACCUCGGUUACAUGACUUAGUAUCCACUUCAAAACAAUGGUUUACAAAGUCUUCACCCAAUGUUAAAACAAUUAAAAUACUUCGGGAUCUCGAAUCACUUUUAUUCUAUGCGAUACUUUAA